AUGGUGCGCAAGGGCCGCCUUAAAGAGAAUGUCGCGGGUGAGCGCUAUGACUCAAAUGCUAUUCAGAUGCCGCAAUCAACACCUAGUCGUACGCGCCCAUAUCCUAGUCAAUUUAAUCCGGCAGACCUCAUGGGUUUGAUGAGCGGUGGCAGCGGCGGUAUGCCGGAUAUGUCUCAAAUGAUGGAAAUGAUGCAGGGUAUGGGGGGUAUGCCUCCUAUGGGAAUGCCCGGUAUGCCUGAUAUAUCUGGGAUGGUACCAACUACAGCACCGUCUCGGCAUAAAAUUAUUCACGUGUAUGGACUGGCAGAGGGUACCCCCACAUCAACCUUCACGACAUUCUACCCGAACUACAUUGAUAUUAAAAAAACAUUGCAUCAGGGUCGUCGAAUCUCCAAGGAACAGGCGUGUGAUACCCCUAUUGCUGAUGAGAUGUCGGAGAUUUGUACAUUUCUUAGAUUGCCGCACGUACUUGAGCCGGCCAAAAAAUACCCGCGCGACUGGAUGGUGGUGGGUCGUAUCCGUGUACGUCUUGUGCGUGACGAUGGCACGCUAGAGAAUCCUGAGAUCCCAAAUCGCAAGUCACUCAUGAUAAAGAUGGCGGAGCUCAUUCCUCAGCUACAGUCUCGCAAGGUACGGCUUGAGAACGAGGCUGAGGAGGCUAGAAAGAAGUUAGCGGCUGCAGCCGGAGCUGCAACACCAGCGACUGGAGGAGGCAAAAAAAAAGGCAAGAAAAAAGGAAGGCGAUAA